CCACAUGCCGAAUCGAACCACCAACUGCGCGGACCACCACUUCGCACGUAGUCGCUACUCCCACCAGCCCCGCCGCCACCAUGUUUGAGAUCGUGAUGCGAAAGCAGCACAACACGCUCGGCUUCACGAUACGGAAGGAGGACGAGUCGCCGCUCGGUUACUACGUUCGGUCGAUCAAGUGCGAACCGGCGCUGAGCGAUGGUCGCAUAAGGGUCGGCGAUCGGCUUCACUCGGUCAACGGUGUCCCGCUGGCGCCCCUCCCAUACGAGCAGGCCAUCCUCUUCAUCCGCAGCGUCAGCGAGACAGUCUGGUUGCGGCUGUACCGUGGGCAUCCACCCCCACUGCUGACGUUACCAUCAUCACCAUCGUCGCCCACCGCACUGCUGCGGCAGCAGCCCUGCUAUGAUCGACGAUCGACGGCCACCGUCAUCGAUCAUCGGCACCGGACAUUACGGACCGGAAACCGGAAGCAACGCAGUGCCAGCUUCAGCGAAACGGGCGCAGCCCCCAAACGCCAACUGCCACAAUCGGGCGACACUGUGAGGUCACGUUUGCUAGUGCGCUGCAACACCGAGCAGAAUCUGGUCGCCACAAACGAGGAGGAGGACGAGCGACUGCUCGUGGUUCCCUCCUCUUCUUCUUCUUCUCCUUCUCAUCCUUUGUCUGUGGCGCUGUCGCUGCUACCAUCCACUGACGUCAGCUAUGAGAUCAUCACCGUGGAGCUACAGAAGGGCUGGAACAGCCGGUACGGCUUCAGUCUGCGAACCGAGCCCGAUCCGGUGCGUACGGUCAUCAGUGAGAUCCAUCCGGGCAGCCUAGCGGCACGGGAUGGUCGGUUGCGAGUCGGCGAUGUGCUGCUCAUGAUUAACAACGAAUCACUGGGCACGAGAAGUACGGCUCAGCUGAUCGAGCUGCUGCGCAUCCUGUCCGGUGCGACCAUCAUCACGGUGCUUCGCCAUCCCCCUUCUGUUCCUCUACCUCCUUCGACUGUGACUGAGGUACCCCUGCAGCAGCACGAGCAGCAUCGGCAGCCAGACGGAUCCUGCUCUCUGAGCUUCCUGCACGAAAACGGUGGGGUGGGGUGGGCGCAACAUAGUACAAAACAGGAGGCACUACUCGUUCACCCUUCCUCUACCAGGUAGUGUGAGGGGUGGGUGUAUGACAAUUAGCUUGCCCGCAAAUUACGUGGACAAUUUUGAGGGGGAAGGUGUAGCAGGGGAUACAGGAGCAAUAAGAGAGGCGCAUUCCAUACACAGGUUCCACAGGUUCACGUCACUUUGAGAUAGCCAAGUACCAGGUUUGUGAGAUUAGAAUGAAUAAAGAUGUAAAAUGUGUGCGUUUUUUCCAAAAAAAUCGUUUAUUUUUUUUUUAACAUAUAUAAGGACGGACGAGUCGUAUGUUUAAAUCGUUUAUUAUUAAUAUAAUAGAUAUAACAUCGAGGUUGUGUUUACAAUGGGUUCAGCUCGUGCUUCUCCUCAUUAUUUUGAUUUGUUCUUCGUAGUGUA